GGGUUACGAGCUGCUACGUCACACGCUGCUAAGAUGGCGUUUUGAUGACGACGCGAGAAACGAGGACCCCUGCCCUUGUUCGAAAGUCACCUCAAUGAAAAACAUCAAGGGCAGGAGAUGGAGCUCUCAAAUUAUGCCAGCCAACUGCUGCUGCAGCUCAACCAGCAACGCUGCAAGGGCUUCUUGUGUGACGUCGUCAUUAUGGUGGAUAACACGCUGUUCCGAGCUCAUAAAAGCGUCCUCGCCGCCACCAGCAGCUACUUCAAGUCCCUUGUCCUGCAUGACAACCUCAUCCACCUCGAUGCCGAGCUGGUGGAGCCAGCCUUGUUCCAGAAAAUUCUGGACUUCAUUUACACUGGCAAGUUAUGUGAGGAGAGUCAGGGAGCAGAGCGCGUGCAGAAUCUGAGCGCCUUUCUCACUGUCGCUAACUACCUCCAGCUCCACGACCUGGUGAGUCUGUGUACCAGCAAACUCGAGUCGAGCAACACGUCCUGCAAGGGCUCUUUACACACCCAAAACCUGCCUUUUUCCCCUGCCUCAAAACCCUUGGUCAAACGGGAGGCAGAAGACACUUCAUCUGAUGUUGAAGUAUAUGCAAACAUGGUCCCUCCAAAGAAAAGACAUAAUGGCGAGAACAAACGGCGCUCGAGUGGCAAGCAAAGCUUCGGCCUGGAUUUGACCAAGAAGAGUUCUUCUCACUGUGCUCUAAAUAGUGACAUCAGCAGCAUGCAGGAAUACUCGCAGUCCUCCGUUUCCAAGACAACUGCCAAUACUCUCCAGUCAGGAAUGGACCGAAAGGGCUCCCCAGAGAAGACCAGAGGCCGAGAUGCUUUUGAUGGAACACAGGAAUGGAAAAGGACGCCUUCUAGAGAGCGCUCCAGGAGGAAGAGCAACGUCAACGGUUAUAUGCCUGUAAUCAAAGGAGGGAGUCACAUGAGCCAAAACCACGCUGGAGAAAAUUCCCAAGAGCAGCCACAAGACGGAGGAUCCAACGGUGCCAGCCCUAAUUUUGUCUACAGGCAGGAGUCCUACCUCGAACCAUCUCAGGAGGACAACAGUUAUGUCUGUAUCCCAUGUGGAAAAGGAUUCCCGUCUUCAGAAAGCUUAAAUUCCCAUGUCGAAUCUCACACGGAUGCAGACGUGAAUCUCGGCCGAGAUAAAGAGGAAGGGGACGAAGAUCCUCCCGCUACUGGCACCCAAGAACCCCUAGAGGUCGUAGAUAAAAGCCCGUUGAAGCCGUACAAAGAACUGGACACGCUGCGACCAUUCCCUUGCAACAUCUGCGGUAAAAUGUUCACACAGCGCGGCACCAUGACGCGCCACAUGCGCAGUCAUCUGGGCCUGAAGCCGUUUGCCUGCGAGGAGUGCGGCAUGCGCUUCACACGGCAGUACCGCCUCACCGAGCACAUGCGUGUCCACUCGGGAGAGAAGCCCUAUGAGUGUCACGUCUGCGGGGGCAAGUUUACACAACAAAGAAACCUCAUCAGCCACAUGCGCAUGCAUACCUCACCAAAUUAGACUUCGAGUCGCAAUGGGUUCUAAACAAAAUUAUCAGUAAAGCUUCUCAAAUAAGCCUGGUCUAAUAAAACCAUAUUACCUCUUUUUUUGUCAUUACAGUAAGUUAUCGUCACUGAACAAUAACUAAUAGAAUGAUUAUUGUGGUACUUGCUAUUUUGAAAGAAUGAAUGUUCUCACUGAUUCUUACAGUUACAGUGCAGAGCGUAUCGAUCUCUGCGCUUUAUCUGGCUCACGUUUACUUGAAUACACGUGCAAACGUUGCUACCUCAGCUUUUUACCUCCCAAAUCCUCAGAUGCCCUUUGAGAUUGUUUAUCAACACCAUAUUGUAUUCAUUCCUCAAAAAAGAAACCGAACGGUCCAUUUAGUUUGCCGAUAUCUUGAAAAUAAUAUGGCGUCUGAUGAUAUGAUAUAAAUCCAAAAAUAAACUGUAAUGCUCAGUAGAGGAAAACGCACUGCCUGCUUUUCCAGCGAGCAGACAGAACGAAAACCAGUACGGAGUUGGUGAUAAGGAUUAGUGGGACAAGGGUUGUUACCUGAUGGUUCGUUGAGUAUUUAGGCCUGUGUGAUGUACAGUUCCAAAGAAAUAAUGAAUGUUGAAAGAAAAAUAAAACUGUAUUACUGUAACCAAAUCUAUAUUCUUACAAUAUACGUAUUUAAGUGCAAGUCUAAUUUAUGUGUAUGAUCACAGAUGUCCCGUCUUUGUUAGUCGGCCAGCUUUUCCUCCCCUGCGAGCUUGGUUAAAUUUGAAAUGCUCAUGCAAGUCCGUUCCUUUUUAGAUUUUUUUUUUUUCCCCCUGUGCUUACUUUUUUCCCAUUAUGAAACUAUUGAUGACCUGAGACCAAAAGGACUAUGUGAUAAAACUGUUGUAAAUAUCUUUUCGAGUAUCUUGAGGAAAUUGCUUGGUUGCUCAUUGAUUGCAGGGUUUUGAUAGUUAUAGCAUGAGUGAUCGGCUUAAUUCUGAAUCCGUUGAUUGGUUAGAACACUGGGGGUUUUGCUUAUGUGUAAAAUCAUUUGUGGUGAUAUCUCGAUAUUUUGAUGUACUCUUAUUUUGUGUUGUUCCAUUCCAACAACUUGUGCUGAUCUGUUACUUUUCAUCUACCUCAUGUUUUCAGGGUUUUACCCACUCACUGUGUUUCGAAACGCACGCCUCUGUUUACAUACUUAUUGGUCGCCAUGUCAAGUGUUAUACCAAAUCACAUCACACUGUAACUUGUACUUGCACACUUUGUAUGUUAAAAUCAUUCAUUUUGGAGAAUAAAGGCCACUAAUGUUGGUUCAGCUAAUGUUACACCAUUGAUGUUACACCAGGCCAAUAGAAAAACUUUUUUUUUUUUUCUUCCCCGUCCAACCCCAGUAUGAGUUUACAGAUACUGUAUGUUGUUAUCCAUGAUGCUGUCUGUUAAAAUAUGCAGGAACAUUUCUGGGUUUUAUGAUGGACCUGAAACCGAAACUGUGACAACGCUUGGACUCUCUUUCUCUCAGGAAACCUCAGGGAUUACUUUACUUUCAGGCACGUCUGUAUUUUCUACCACAAAGCACCAGAUACAGCUAUUUUUGCAGCUGCUUUCCUCAGUGUUUGGACACUACUGCCACAUUUAAAUACGCUGAAGCAUUAAUUCCAGUCAACACGAUACGCCUUCAUGAGGCACGGCAGCUCAAUUCUGUGGUUUUUCUUUCCACUUGUGGUAUAUUUUAAUAAUAAAGGAUUGAUUUAACAUGAAUUUCAUAUACAUUUGGAAAGAACAUCAAAUCCCAUCGUUCAUAGAGUAUGAAUUGUGACCUGUUAAAUACCAAAGCACAUUUUCACAAAAUGGAUGGAUACAUAUGAAUGACAAUGUACUUGACAUGAUGCUUAUAAUUAAAUGCUGAUUAAAAAAAUA